AGCCGCCAGCUAUGUGAGUAGAUAGUACAGACUUCUUGGGCACACAGAGGAUCAACACAUCUAAUAAUCACAACUCCAGCCGAGUAACAGGACAAAGCUCCUUGGCAAAGGUUUUCUUUCCCCUCCCUCUCCUUCCCUUCCUUCUCUCCCUUCUCCUUCCUUUUCUGAUCGUGUCUUAUCAUGCAUCUGGGGCUUCCCUGGCCCUUGUUAUGUAGCCCAGACUGGCCUCAAACUCAUGAUCCUCUUGCCUUGGCCUCAAGUACAGGGCUCACAGGCCCUCACCACCUUUGGCCACAGCAUUUAUUUAAGGCGGGGGGGGGGUGGUUCAAGCCAUGGAGAAUCUGCUGUCAACUACUGACAUGCGUUGAAAAAGCAUAAUAAAAUUAAAACGUUUACGUGUAUUAGUGAAUCAUCAACAGUGAAAAUUAUCCAACUCAAGGCGUAGAUGGUCCUAACUGAUCAGUAGAUUACAAUUCAAUUCAAAAGAUUGGGAAGAGCCCGGAGCUGAACCAGGAGAAGCCACAGAACAUGUCACGGCUUUGAGAGGCAGGCCCUAAGAAAAGGUGCAGCUUUCUGAGCACAUCAAAUGUCAAAGAGUGGAUGGAGACCAAGUCCAUCAAUUAGAAGAUACGUCUCAAAUGGAGAACCGGUGCCUCCCCAAGAAAGUUCCAGGUUUCUGUUCCUUUCGGUAUGGACUGGCUAUCCUUUUGCACUUCUGUAACAUUGUCAUCAUGGCUCAGCGAGUGUGCCUGAACCUCACAAUGGUAGCCAUGGUGAAUAAAACAGAGCCACCCCAUUUAUCUAACAAGUCUGUAGCAGAGAUGCUGGAUAAUGUAAAGAACCCUGUGCAUUCCUGGAGUCUUGAUAUUCAAGGGCUUAUUCUCAGUUCUGUCUUCUUGGGUAUGGUUGUGAUUCAAGUUCCUGUUGGGUACCUGUCUGGAGCAUACCCAAUGAAGAAAAUAAUUGGGUCUUCAUUGUUCCUCAGCUCUGUGCUGUCCCUGCUCAUCCCACCAGCUGCACAAGUCGGAGCAGCUUUGGUCAUUGUAUGCCGAGUACUCCAAGGAAUAGCCCAGGGAGCAGUGUCAACAGGCCAGCAUGGAAUAUGGGUCAAAUGGGCACCUCCCUUGGAACGAGGCAGACUUACCUCUAUGACUCUAUCAGGGUUUGUAAUGGGACCAUUUAUUGCCCUGCUUGUGAGUGGCUUCAUCUGUGAUCUUCUGGGUUGGCCCAUGGUUUUCUACAUCUUUGGUAUUGUUGGGUGUGUUCUGAGUCUUUUCUGGUUCAUCCUUUUCUUUGAUGACCCCAACAACCACCCCUAUAUGAGCAGCAGUGAGAAGGAUUACAUCACAUCCUCUCUCAUGCAACAGGUGCACUCGGGCAGACAAUCUCUGCCAAUCAAAGCUAUGCUUAAGUCUCUUCCACUCUGGGCCAUUAUCCUCAAUAGCUUUGCUUUCAUAUGGUCGAACAAUCUUCUGGUUACAUACACGCCAACAUUUAUUAGCACCACGCUUCAUGUUAAUGUUAGAGAGAAUGGGCUGCUGUCCAGCCUCCCCUAUCUGCUUGCCUACAUCUGUGGUAUCGUAGCAGGUCAGAUGUCAGACUUCCUCCUGUCCAGGAAGAUUUUCAGCGUAGUUGCCGUCCGGAAACUCUUCACCACACUAGGGAUUUUCUGUCCUGUGAUUUUUGUCGUGUGCCUGCUCUACCUGAGCUACAACUUCUACAGCACCGUCAUUUUCCUUACACUUGCCAACUCGACACUUAGCUUUUCCUUCUGUGGACAACUUAUCAAUGCCUUGGAUAUUGCUCCCAGAUAUUAUGGAUUUCUAAAGGCAGUCACAGCUUUAAUUGGAAUAUUUGGGGGCCUAAUUUCUUCGACUCUUGCUGGGUUGAUCCUUAAUCAGGAUCCAGAAUAUGCUUGGCAUAAAAACUUCUUCUUGAUGGCAGGCAUUAACGUGACAUGCCUGGCUUUCUACCUUCUGUUUGCAAAAGGAGAUAUUCAGGACUGGGCUAAAGAAACAAAAACCACACGGCUGUGAAGUUAGUAGAAGAGUGAGCACCUGAGAAGCAUGAGGUCAGCAUCCAUAUUGAAAGGAAGAGGAUUCUGUGUGGGACUGCAGUCAUGGGAGUCAUGAACCUGAAGACCGGUAGCCUGAAGCUUUUAAGGGAGUCAUUGCCUCCCACUUUAGUCUGAGUGAUUCUUUUGCACUGUGUAUUGUAUGUAACAAGUUAUACUUCUGACUUUAAAGAGGAAUCUAUUUAUCUGUCUUCCUAUGAUCCAAUAAACAAACAUAAGCCAAAAUUUUACUCCACUACUUUAUGAAAA